GCAUUUUAUUUUCUCUCUUUCACCCAAGCCGGUCAUGGCCUGCAGCUUUCCGUACAAUGACGCAAUAAGGAAGAUGGCGCCGCCCAGAACAGGCAAAGAGGAACACGCAGGCGUGGACGCGUGCGCUUUGCUGGAGUCCAGGUGGAGAGACUCUCCCGCUUUAGAAGCGUCCUUGUUUGCGGGAUUCCCACGUGCAGCGAGAGGGGUUUGUUCCACCGGGCGGACAGGGAACUUCAUAGAAUGGAGGCCCCACCUGUUACUAUGAUGCCAGUCACUGGCGGUACCAUUAACAUGAUGGAACACUUGCUUCAAGGUAGUGUUUUGGAUCAAAGUCUGGAGAGUCUGCUUCAUCGGCUCCGUGGCCUUUGUGACAACAUGGAACCUGAGACUUUUCUAGAUCAUGAGAUGGUCUUCCUUCUCAAAGGCCAACAGGCCAGCCCAUUUGUUCUCCGCACACGACGCUCCAUGGACAAACCUGGUGCUCCUUGGCACUUGCGGUAUCUUGGACAGCCGGAAAUGGGAGACAAAAAUCGCCAUGCCUUGGUACGGAAUUGUGUGGAUAUUGCCACUUCAGACAACCUGACAGACUUCCUGGUAGAAAUGGGCUUCCGCAUGGACCACGAGUUUGUAGCCAAGGGGCACGUGUUCCGCAAAGGCAUUAUGAAGAUUGUGGUGUACAAAAUCUUCCGCAUCCUUAUCCCAGGAAACACUGACAACAUUGAGCCUUUGUCUCUCUCCUACCUUGUGGAGCUCAGCAUUGUGGCCCCAGCGGGACAAGACAUGGUUUCCGAUGACAUGAGGAGUUUUGCGGAGCAGCUAAAGCCACUAGUCCAUUUGGAGAAAAUAGAUCCUAAAAGAUUGAUGUGAGAUGGAUUGCAAUGGCAGCGGGAUCUUUCCUUUUACAAAAGUGGAAACAUUUCAGAAAUACAUAUACCUCUCAUGUCCUAAAGAAAAAUAAAAUAAGAGAGUCUGGCUGCCUUACCCUAAUCCGAAUGUAGGUUAUUGUCAAAGGAUUAACAAUAAAGAAGAUAAUUUUG